UUUUUUAUUAUUCUUAUAUAUAUAUAUAUAUAUAUAUAAAUUUUAUUUUACUACCGUUUUUAUUUAAACGUACUACUCACACUACAUUGUAUCUGCAGUAGUCGUCGUCAAAAGGAUAUAGCACUAAAUAUUACACGGUACAAAACGAUCUAUUAUUAUGAUGACACUGUUGCGAUGGUGGACGUGUCGCCGACCAGCUCUUUACGCACCGUACCGGCGCGGCUGACAGUGAUGCGAGCGGAUCUCACAUUCGCGGAUAUAACUGUUGAUUUUCUUUCCUGAUAUACAAUUUUGUUUCGCGUGUUUUUUUUUUCGUCUCCGUCGCGCGGAAAACAUAUUCCACUGCCCGUGACCCAGCAAUCACCAUCACCACGCCGAAAUGCCGAAGAUUUUCCUCAUCAAAAACCGGUUGCACCAGCAGCAACAGAAACUGCUGGAAAACCAAAAAGGAAAUGCGCACAUUUCCCCGGACCCGUUGGUACAGUCGCUGCAAAACUAUAAUAACGACCACCAUCACCACGGCAGGUUACCGUCACCGCCGCCGCCGUUUUUAAAGCACCACUAUCAUCACCAUCACCAGUCUACGCCGCCGCCGCCGCCGCCGCCGCCUGCGCCCGUGAGGCAGCAUCUGCCGCCGCCACCGCCGCCACCGUCACCGCCGUCACCAAAGCCACAGCCGCAGACAAAAGUCGACCAAGAGACACCAGUGCCGAAAACAUCACAAGAGAAAAAUGUCACUAAAAAAGAUUCACUGAAGGAUGACGGUGAAGAGGUCGACCGAGUAGAUUGUUUUGAACGAGAAUCACGAAAUAGAGCUGAAUCUCCAAAUCACCGAGUUAGUCCGAUUGUGUCGAAUGAGCCUACUACGCCAAUCGUAUGUCCACCGUCACCCGAUUGGAACCCACCGCCAAAAAGGCGAUUCAUAUCCACAUCAGAUGGUGAUAAUAUACCAUACGGUAGUAAAGAUAGUUUACAGGUAACUCAUCGUCAAUGCGAACCACCAACCAUCAAAGUCGAAGAGGAAGCUGUGACUAACUCGGAGGUUGAACCAAAAUUACCACCACCACCACCACCACCAGCUCCAAAAUGUCAUCAGGUAUCCGUCAUACAAAGAACACCGGCAGCUGUAAAAUCUCCACCCGUCUGCCCGAAAAGACCGUUAACACAGUCUCCGAGCACUGUCCAAGAACCUGAACAAGACGCACCGAUCGAUUAUCAUGUGCCCAAAAAGGAAGCAGAUUUGGACUUGGAAAUUGUUCGAGCCAUCAAGAACAAAUUCACAAUUACGUUACGAGGACAAUUGGUUUCAGCUCCCAAUGGUAUCAUCACUGCCGCUGCUGGCCGUGGAAGGAGCAGUGGUGGUCAACAAGGAGGUGGUGGAGGAGGAGGUACAAACAGUGGUAGUGCCAACUCUGGUUCAAACCGCGGUUCGUCAUUACAUUCCUACACGCUUGGUGGUGGCGGAGGAGGUGGUCCCACCGGCCUCCUAGGUAGUGGUGGCGGUGGAGGCGGCAUGGCUCCAGGUGGUGGUGGCAUGAAUCCAGGCGGCAACGGCAAACAUUUUGGCGGGCCAAACAGUCCUGUGUCACUGCCACCCUUCCACGAGAGCCUCAUAAAGUCUGGAGGCAACUGCUAUUCCGCUCAGUACAACAACCAAUAUCACUUGAUGAUGACUGAACAAUUAUGUUUCAAUAACAACGAUACUGGUCAAAAUCCUGUGGCUGGUGGUGGUGGUCCUUUCUCCAUUGGCCUGGAAGGUCCACCGAAACAAUAUUCUAUGUUACAAAAUGCCUCAUCGCUAGGUAUAGAUAUUAAAGAGGACGAUUGUGAAGAUCUAUCAAGCUACGUAAAAGAAACUAACGGUUUCGACACAUUAAUGGCUGAUUCUGAAAAUGGUACAUCCAAUGAUCCUUUGCAGUUCACUGCUACUCUUACUUUUGCGGGUCCUACGGACCCUGACUUCCUGGACAGUCUUAAUGACGCUGCCGAAUUGUUCUUCAAAGAGCCCCAAGAGUGCAUUCCUCCUUCACUCGUCGAACAACCUUUACAUAUGUUCAAUGAACAUAGAAACGGAUUUUCUGAAUCUCAAUCAGAGAAGCGCAAUUACCUACAGCAGGUGAACAAUAACAAUAACGGGCAGCCAGUACCAUGCAGAAAUAACUACGGAAGUUAUGAUAUUUCAAAAGACAGACUAUCACAAAGUAGUUUUGAAGAUUCCAACCAGCAAUUGCAACAGUUACAAAUACAAGUGCAAUUACAACAACCUCAAAACGUGGACGCUUGUGGACAAAUGAUGUUGUCACCGGGUUUAUCGUCGUUAGAAAUGGACUCAAAUACCAGCAUGUCAGCUCCGUCACCUGCUAGUGUUAGUAUGGAUGGUACAAUGUCAUCACUAACACCACCACCUCAAAAUGGCAAAGAUUCCAGUAACUCCGCUUUGGAUGUCAGAGUACUGCAACAUAGGGUGAGAAAGACCACCCCACCCGUAGGGAAACCAAAAUAUACUUCUUUCACCAAUAAAUCGAUGGCAAAACUCGGUCUUCCAAAUGACUUGCCAUUCGAGUUCGUUAACGGUGGCCAUGGCAUUAAGAACCCAUUAGCUAAUCACGACACUCUACCGCCACCGACGCCAUCAAUGCUCAUUAGAACACCAGAGCCAGAGAGGAACAAUACUUCAGUAGCUCCCGCAACUAUUGUAUCAGUAAACACUACUCCCGAACCAGCCGAAACAACAAAAAACGGUUCAAAGUUCUGUUGUAACCUGUGUUCCAAGACUUUCAACCUACAACGUUUAUUAAACAGACACAUGAAAUGUCACAGUGACGUCAAACGAUACCUAUGUACAUUCUGCGGAAAAGGUUUUAACGAUACGUUUGACUUGAAACGACACACUAGAACACACACGGGUGUUCGGCCUUACAAGUGCAAUUUGUGUGAGAAAUCGUUUACCCAACGUUGUUCACUUGAAUCUCACUGUUUGAAAGUUCAUGGCGUACAUCAUCAGUAUGCUUACAAAGAAAGGAGGACAAAGAUGUACGUUUGCGAAGAAUGUGGACACACCACCAACGAACCUGAAGUGCAUUACAUUCAUCUCAAAGAAAAACAUCCGUACAGCCCAGCACUGCUUAAGUUCUACGAUAAGAGACACUUCAAGUUCACAAACUCAAACUUUGCCAACAUGUUGCUUCAAUGAUGAUUGAAUUCUACUAUUCCCUUUAAUAUUACGGCACAGAACAUUGUGCACACAGAAGAGCUGCAUCACGAACAUCGUCUGCUCGAAGUCGCGCUCGUCUUCGAACCUUGCUUCCCAACCGACCAACCGACCACUCCGGUCGACUCAUAAAAUCGUGUUUGCGAUCGAUUUAUAAUGUAAUAUGAGGUUUGACGUUGAGAUCUGGUGUCUGAAUUCGUUGGUUGUUCGGAUGUUGCGAAAGCACAUCCUCCGUCGGUCACCGGAACCGGGAAUAAUCGCGAAAACUAUAGGUUUAUUAUAGUAGCGGUGGUGAAGUAUACCACGUAUUUAUACCCAUAGACCAUAAUGGUCACAACGGUAGCAUAAAUUUAAGGCGGCGAAAUACGCGCAAAAUGCUUAAAGCUGAAAAUGGUUUGCUCCAUAGAACCAGCUUAUGCCGAAUUGCCGACUAAAUAUCGCGUGACCAAAAUAUCGUAACUGAAAUAUCGCGAAACCAGUAUAUCACAUAGAAUAAAUAUUGCCAGUGCCUAGUAUGAAAUAUUGCAGUAAUUUAAUUAGAAAUAAAUAAUAUUGAUUGAUAUUUUUUAAUAGUUUUAAUAAUUUGAUCUAAUUCAAAGUAUAUAAUAUUGUUAAUAAAUGUAUAGCACAAUGUUUCUCAACCGGUGUUUCGUGGCACACAAGUGUGUCACUACCGUGGUAUAUGCGUAUAAUGUUAUUAAGUAUUAAUUUUUAAUUAUAUAAUAUAUUAAUAAUUAUUAAUUAAAAUUAAAAUACUUUUUUUUGUUUACUUCUUAUUAUUUUAUUACUAUAGUGUUCUAAACUAUAAGAAAUAUGCUGUGAACAUAAAAAAGUUGAGAACCAUUGAUAUAGUAGAAUAAA